CGAACGAACGCAGGCUUAAAGUGUGAGCAAAAGCAAAAGGCAAAGGCAGCAGCAAGCAAAAGCUUUGAUUCCUUUGACAGAGUUUCAAAGCGCAAACACGUCGCGCAUUGGAAGAUCGCCAUCGCUUGACUUGGACACAGCUUGAUCGAAGGAAGGCUUCCAGCGAUGAGCUCGGCUAUUGUGGGCGCUGCCUCGGCGAUCGGUGGCGCGGUGACGGCGGCAACCAGCAACAGUUGGUUCAUACCCAUGCUUAUGGCAGCGGUGGCCUAUUUCCAGUACGAGGAGAUCAUGGAUCCCGAGUCGAAGCCCAGCGAUGUCAGCAGCGAUGACAUACUGGAUCACUACGAUUUCAUAGUGAUAGGCGCCGGCUCAGCCGGCGCUGUCGUAGCCAAUCGCUUGACCGAGGUGGAGAACUGGAAUGUGCUUCUGCUCGAGGCGGGCGGCGAUGAGACGGAACUGACGGAUGUGCCCCUCAUGGCCGGGUAUUUGCAGCUCUCCAAGAUUGAUUGGCAGUACAAGACGGAGCCAUCGGGCAAAUCAUGUUUGGCUAUGCAAGGCGGACGCUGCAACUGGCCCAGGGGCAAGGUUUUGGGUGGCAGCUCCGUGCUAAAUUACAUGCUCUAUUUGCGCGGAUCGAAGCACGACUAUGACAACUGGGAGGCGCUGGGCAAUCCCAGCUGGUCGUAUCGCGAUGCCCUGUACUAUUUCAAGAAGUCGGAGGAUAAUACCAAUCCGUACUUGGCCAGCACGCCCUAUCAUGCCACGGGCGGCUAUUUGACGGUGGGCGAGGCACCCUACCAUACGCCGCUGGCGGCCAGCUUUGUGGAGGCGGGCGUGGAGAUGGGCUACGACAAUCGCGAUUUGAAUGGCGAGAAAAUGACGGGCUUUAUGAUUGCCCAGGGCACCACAAGGCGUGGCUCGCGCUGCUCCACCUCCAAGGCGUUCCUCCGUCCGGCCCGACUGCGUCCCAAUCUGCACAUCUCGAUGAACUCGCAUGUGACGCGCAUUAUGAUCGAUCCGGUCAGCAAGCUGGCAUUCGGCGUCGAGUUUGUCAAGGACCAGAAGCUCUACCAUGUACGUGCCACCAAGGAGGUCGUCCUCUCCGGCGGCUCGGUGAACAGUCCCCAGCUCUUGAUGCUCAGCGGCGUGGGCCCGCGCAAGCAACUGGCCAAGCAUCGCAUACCGCUCAUCAAGGAGCUGAGCGUGGGCGAGAAUCUGCAGGAUCACAUCGGUCUGGGCGGGCUCACGUUUCUGGUCAAUCAGCCGGUUUCCAUAGUGGAGAAUCGCUUUCACACCAUGUCCACGGUGCUGCAGUAUGCGGUUUUCGGCCAGGGUCCGCUCACCAUUCUGGGCGGCGUCGAGGGUCUCGCCUAUGUGAAUACCAAGUAUGCGAACAGCUCGCUGGACUGGCCGGACAUAGAGUUCCAUUUUGUGUCCGGCUCGACCAACUCCGAUGGCGGUUCGCAGCUGCGCAAGGCGCAUGGCCUGACGGACGCCUUCUAUCGGUCCGUGUUCGAGCCGAUUAACAAUCGGGAUGCCUGGAGCAUAAUACCGAUGCUGUUGCGUCCACGCAGCACGGGCAGCAUCAAGCUGCGCAGCAGCAAUCCCUUCGACUAUCCAUACAUCUUUCCCAACUAUCUGGCGGAUGAGUUCGACCUGAAGACCCUCAUCGAGGGCGUCAAGGUCGCCGUCGCGCUCUCCCGCACCAAGGCGAUGCAGCGCUUCGGCUCCCGGCUCUCGAGCAUACGCUGGCCGGGCUGCGAGCAGCUGCCUCCGUUCACGGACAGCUACUGGGAGUGCAUGGUCCGGCGAUAUACAUCGACCAUCUAUCAUCCCGUCGGCACCUGCAAAAUGGGACCCUACUGGGACAAGGAUGCGGUCGUCGAUGCCAAGCUCCGGGUCUACGGCAUCCGUGGACUGCGCGUCAUCGAUGCCAGCAUCAUGCCCAAGCUGGUCUCGGCCAAUACGAAUGCGCCGGUGAUCAUGAUCGCCGAGAAGGGCAGCGAUAUGAUCAAGGAGUUCUGGAUCAAGAAUACAAUAGUCUGAUAAGCCAAACUUCAACUGUGCGUCUACGAGUAUGUGUUUGUAUCUGUGUGUGUGUGCGUGUGUGUGUGUGUUUGUAUCUGUGU